AUGGAGAUGUCUGCAGUUUCCGCUCUUGCCGAUAUGAGUAACGACUCUCUGGCCGCGCUCUCGCGGCUGCGCGCGCUGAACCUGAGCGCGCUGUUGAACCUGUCCAUGGAUGCGGAGCCGCAGUACCGCACGGACUCCCAGCGGCCCGCCGUGCAGGCGCUGCUCGCGACGGCGUACUCCAUCAUCAUCAUCAUCUCUCUGAUCGGGAACACGGCCGUGUGCCACGUGGUGAUGAAGAACAAGCGCACGCGGUCCGUCACCAGCAUCUUCAUCAUGAACCUGGCCAUCGCGGACAUCCUCAUCACCCUGCUCAACACCCCCUUCACUCUGGUGCGGUUCGUGUACAGUACGUGGGUGUUUGGCAGGGCGAUGUGUCACGUGAGCCGUUUUGCUCAGUACUGCUCGGUUCACGUGUCGGUUCUCACGCUGGUCGCCAUCGCCAUAGACAGACACCAGGUAGUGAUGCAUCCGUUGAAGCAGAGGAUGUCGUGUCUGCGGGGCGUGGUGUGGGUCGGAGUGAUCUGGGUGAUGGCCACGUGUUUCUCUCUGCCGCACGCCAUCUACCAAACACUGUUACGCUUCGAGUUUGGUGGCGGAAGAGUCAGAAUGGUUUGCCUGCCCCGCUUUCCUCCCCCGUCUGAUCUCUUCUGGAAGUAUCUGGACCUGACCACCUUCAUUCUGCUGUUCAUGUUGCCCAUGGUGAUCAUCUCCAUUGCGUACAUCAUGGUGGCGAAGAAGCUGUGGAUGCGCAACGCCAUCGGCGAUGUGACGCUGGCCCAGAGCACAGCGCACCGGCGGAGGAAGAAGAUGACCAUGAAGAUGCUGACAGCGGUGGUGGUGGUGUUCGCGGUCUGCUGGUUUCCGCUGAACUGCUACGUGGUGCUGCUGUCCAGCAAAGUCAUCGAUGCCAAUAACGGUCUGUACUUCACCUUCCACUGGCUGGCCAUGAGCUCCACCUGCUACAACCCCUUCAUCUACUGCUGGCUCAACCACAACUUCAGGGCCGAGCUCAGGUUGCUCCCAUUUAUCGGACGCAGCAGGAAAGCCGUCGCCAACCAGGAAAACUGA